AUGUCUUCGAAUAUUCCGAAGAAGUACGAUGUGUUUCUGAGUUUCAGAGGAGCAGACACGAGAACAAACUUCACCAGCCAUCUUUACACUGCUCUCACUCACAAAUCAAUCAAAACGUUCAUAGAUCACCAGCUCAACAGAGGAGAAUACGUUUGGCCAACACUUGCCAAAGCAAUCAGGGACUCCCACGUCUCAAUCGUUGUCUUCUCCGAAAACUACGCGUCCUCCACGUGGUGCUUGAAGGAGCUGGUGAAAAUACUCGAAUGCAGAAGAGAGCAGGGUCAGGUUGUUAUACCUGUGUUCUACAAGGUGGAUCCCACCCACAUAAGGAAUCAGAGUGGAAGUUACGAGAAGGCAUUUGCAAAGCAUGAGCGAGAACUUGGUGGCAGUCGCAUAGAACUAGAUGUUUUCAAGUGGAAAGCUGCUCUCAAAGAAGCAGCCAAUAUAUCAGGAUGGGACUUCCAAACUCACAGGGACGAAUCUCACGUCAUCGAGAAUGUUGUCAAUGAUGUAUUGCAAAAGCUGCAGCUGAGAUACCCUACUGAACUAAAAGGCCUUGUGGGAACUGAAAAAAUUUGUCAGAAGGUAGAAUUAUUACUGAAAAAAUUUAGUGUCAUUGGAAUUUGGGGUAUGGGGGGAAUUGGUAAGUCAACUAUUGCUAAAGUCUUGUUUGAAAAAAUAUUUCACAAAUAUGAUAAUGUCUGCUUUGUGGCCAAUUCAAAGGAAUAUUCCCUCGACAAGCUUUUCUUUGCACUAUUGAAGGAGGAAGUUCCCCCCUCAAAUGUGGUAGGAUCCGCAUUUGAUAUGAGAAGGCUCAGUAGUAAAAAGGUUUUCAUUGUACUUGAUGAUAUGGAUAGUUUAGAUUCGUUUGAGUUUUUAUGUAGAGAGUAUGGUGACUUACAUAGCGAUAGUAAACUCAUUAUAACAACAAGAGAUAGGCAAUUGCUUCAUGAAAGAGUUGAGUGGAUAUACAAAGUUAAGAAAUGGAAAAAUCCAGAAUCUCUGAAGCUUUUUUGCUUAGAAGCCUUCAAGAAAAGGCAUCCCCCAAAACGUUAUCAGAGUCUCUCAGAAAGUGCAGUUGAAUAUGCUGGUGGCGUUCCAUUAGCUCUUAAAGUUUUGGGUUCAUAUCUUCAUUCCAAAGGCAUUGAUUUUUGGAAAAGUACUUUAAGAAAACUCAACGAGUAUCCUAAUGAGAAGAUUCAGAAUGUGCUAAAAGUGAGCUAUAAUGGAUUGGAUGAUCUAGAAAGGAAUAUAUUUCUAGACAUUGCAUUUUUUUUCAAAGGAAAAAAGAAAGAUCAUGUCACGAGGAUAUUAGAUGCCUGUCGAUUUGAGGCAACCAGUGGAAUAGAAGUUCUCGAAGACAAAGCUUUGAUAACUAUUUCAAAUAGCAAAAUAAUUCAAAUGCAUGACUUGCUGCAUAAAAUGGGUUUGGAGAUAGUACGUCAAGAAUGUAAAGGAGAUCCUAGAAAACGUAGUCGAUUGAAGGAUAAUGAAGCUCGUGAAGUGAUCGAAAAAAACAAGGGAACUGAUGCAAUUCAAGGCAUAACAUUAGAUUUGUCUCAAAUUAAAGACUUAGUUUUGCAUGCUGACACAUUCACAAAGAUGAAAAGCUUAAGAUUUCUGAAAUUCUAUAGCACCUUGGGCCAGAGUUCUAGUAAUACUUACCUCAACCUUCCUGAAACUCUUGAGCCAUUUUCUGAUAAACUGAGGUACAUUGAGUGGAUUGGAUACCCUUAUGAGUCUCUUCCAUCACCUUUCUGUGCUAAGUUGCUUGUUGAGAUUCACAUGCCACGCAGCAAUGUUAAACAACUUUGGCAGGGGAUCCAGGAACUUGACAAUUUAGAGGGAAUUGACCUAAGUGAAUGCAAACAAUUUGAAGAGUUUCCAGAUUUGUCAACAGCGCCAAGACUUAAAUGGGUGAAUCUCUCCUAUUGUGAAAGUUUGUUGUAUCUUCAUCCAUCUAUUUUAUCCUCGGACACACUUGUUACUUUGAUACUGGAUAGGUGUACAAACCUUAAGAGAGUUAAAGGUGAGAAGCAUUUAAAAUGUCUAGAGAAGAUCAGUGUCAAUGGCUGCUUAAGUCUGGAGGAAUUUGCAGUGUCAUCAGAUUUAAUUGAAAACUUGGAUUUGAGCAAUACAGGAAUCCAAGCAUUGGACACAUCAAUAGGGCGUAUGCAUAACCUUAAGUGGCUCAAUCUAGAGGGUUUAAGACUCGGGCAUCUUUUGAUGGAGUUGUCUUGCUUGACAUCUCUCAAGGAGUUGAAGCUUGCUGAUAGUGGACUAGUGAUUGACAAGCAACAACUACUUGUCCUAUUUGAUGGGUUAAGGUCCCUAAAAAUACUAUAUUUGAAGGAUUGUAGUUACUUGUUUGAGCUACCUGACAACAUCAGUGUGUUAUCACAAUUACAAGAACUAAGGCUAGAUGGAAGCAAUGUGAAAAGGUUGCCUAAAAGCAUUAAGAAUCUUCAAGAGUUGGAAAUUCUGUCCUUGGAGAAUUGCAAGGAGCUUCAGAACCUACCAAUGCUUCCAUCCCUCAUCCAAUACUUAGGUGCCAUUAACUGCACAUCAUUGGUGAAAGUGUCAAACUUAAACACUUUGGCAACAAAGAUGUUGGGAAUGACCAAACGCAUUACAUUCAAGAACAGCUUGGAAUUGGAUGGACAAUCACUCGAACAUAUUAUGGAAAGCCUCCAUUUAACAAUGAUGAGUGCUGCAUUUGACAAUGUUUUAGUAAGAAUCCGUGGGGCGGUCAAUGGUUACAAUUACAAUAGUGUUGAGCUUUGUUUACAAGGAAGCAAGGUCCCAUGGCAGAUCACUCAUAAAACUACUAAGUCCUUCAUUAGCAUUGAACUUCCCAAUCGCUCCAACUUGCUGGGAUUAAUUUACUCAGUGGUUCUUUCUCCAGCUGGUGGAAUGAAGAAGCAUGGCACUAAGAUAAAAUGUAAAUGCCACUUUGCAGAAGAAGGUAUGAAGGAAGCAUGGCUAUCUAGUGAUAUUGGGGGAUUGAACUCGGAUCAUGUUUAUGUGUGGUAUGAUCCAUUCCACUGUGACAGUAUUCUCAAAUAUUAUGAACCAAAGGUUUGUUUUGAGUUCUGUGUUGCAAAUGAUGAGGGGGAAGUUGAUGGCUCCAUUUGUAUUAAAGAGUGUGGAAUACGCCUUAUAAGUGUUUCGGAUGUGCAGAGUGUUUUAGAAGAGUUGAACUUGGAUUCAAAUAAGAAAAAGGACUUUGAGAAGGGAGUGAAGCUGGAAACAGGACAAAAGAUAACUUUCAGAACAAUUGAACAAUAUGAUGUGGAGGAAAGUAAUGGCAUAAGAAACCAGAUAGGGAAUAUACGAGAGGAAUUGAGUGAAGAAAGCUCCUCUGAUAAUAUAAUAGGAAUAAAGAUCUUUGAGAGGAAAGAAAAUUGGGAAAGUGAUGACGAGGAACCUCUUGAGAUCUCGAGAAAAAGAAAAGGUAGGGCUAAACCCAAGGGAUUGGUCACCAGAAAAAAGACCUUUCAAAGCUAUUCAAAAUUAAAGAAGCUCAAAAAACAGAAAGGAUCUUUGGAGUCUUCAAACGAUUCAGCUGUUCGACCAGAAACAUGUUUUGAAAAAGAACCUACCACUGCAGAAGAUGGUGGUAGCAAACCAGCACAAUUUGAAGCAAAAUUUGCUUCCAGUACGGAUGAUAAUGAAUCUCGAAAGCAGCCCAAAAAAUCUCAUAAAAGAAUGAAAGUGAAAUUUAAGAUUCCAAACCUUUCACCAUCAGCUUUUGGGAAAGUGGAUAUGGAAUCUGUUUCUGAACCAGCUCAGGGGAAAAGUCAAUCCCUAGAGGAAGAGCCUGCUUUGAAUCAAGAGGCUAUAGAAUCAUCUUUUACAAAUUCAUAUGAAGAAGAAGAAAUAGCUCCCAGUGUUGAACCAAACAAAGAGGCAUUAGGGGUUUUACCAUCUCAAGAUCAACCAGACGUUGGAACCAGUAAGGUGAUUUCAGAACACACCCCUAUGGAGAUUGAUGAUUAUCUAAACAAACUUGAUGAUGAUCCCUUUGCACUCCUCGAUUUCCUAUCAAGUAAUGUUUCAAUUUCAUCCAAGCUAUCGCAAACUACAAUUCAACAGUCUGACUCAACUGAAAACAUUUCUACCAUUCUUCAAGAACUUCGAUCUUUGGCCUUCUCUCAAUCUUUGUUGUGCAACAUUCAACGAGUUGAAUACAGAGAACAAGUUGAGGAAACUUUGAAGAAACUUGAUAAUUAUGUUCAAGAUCUAUCUGAGAGCCAAAACAAGGGGCUAGAUGAAUUCAUUGCCCUCUACAAAAAAGUAGUGACAAUUUGCAUGGACAAAUCCUUGAAUGAAGAAAAGGUCAAAAAGAUUGAAAUUGAGAAAAAGCAAGCUUUUGACAAAAUUCUAGAUUCCAAAUCUAAAGUUCAAAAGCUAGAUGAUGUUGUUUCAAUGAAUAAGGUUAAAAUUGAGACUGUGGAAAAACGCCAAAAAGAGAUACAAGAUGCCAUCAAGAAAUUAGAAGAAGAAAACGAGGGCUUAAAUAAAGAGAAGACUAAACUUGAAACUGCCAACUCGAAGCAUUUGACCAAUAAAGAAGAAAUUAUUGAAUCUGUCAAGUAUAUUUCAACUUCAUUGGGCAAGGUAGUGAAAAAUCUUGCUGAACUUGACAAGGAGAGAUUAAGGUUAAAUGCAGAUUUUGAGAAUCUGAAGGAGCCUUACAAAAAGAUGAAGAGAAGCCCUCCAUUUUAAUUUUGAUCCCUUUUCCAUUUCUAUUGUAAUUAUUUCAUUUUGACGGGCUCAAAAUAAUUAUUGAGAUUCUAUGUAUGAUUUUGAUUUCA